AUGGAAGAACAAGCAGGAAACGCGCACCUGCGUGCCUCCCAAUUGCGCCCGCCAGGGAGCAGACUGCCCGCGCCGAACAUGCGACCACCCACCCUCAACGAGAUGUCCGACUCACAAAACAAUGUCAGAGCUCAGCCAUCGAUGCUGCCCCAAUCCGGCAUCAAGCGGCCUCAGUCCAACAGCGUCUCUCAGAUGCUUCCUGACCCGAAACAACGAAAGACCUUGAUGGAGAGGGCCGGCGAGUUCCCAGGCAGAAACUCCGCCACUGCUACACCCGCUCCAAGAGCCGCCAACAAAGGUGUCUCGCUCGCCUCACAAUCCGGGGACCAGAGCCGCAUAUAUGAGAGCUUCGAUCUGCGCCUGGUCCUGCGCCUCUACUACGCGCAUCGCAGCUCCUCUUCGCCCCAGCCUUGUCACCGGUAA